AUGGAUAUUUGAGACCACCCAGACACCCUCCAGCUCCCACGAAUUGCAGCCAUUGAAAAAUCCACAUUAGCUCAAUGCAAGCAGCAAGAAUACAACUGAUGGAAUGAUAUCCAUAAAAAUAUUUAUGCAAAAAACAUUUAUUCUCGACCGUUGGAGUCCGAACUGGGGAGAAAACUUGGAUAUAACGUUUUCCACUUUUGGAUUGGAGAACAAAAUGAUGAGAAAUUUGCCCGCAAGUUAAGACAUUUGCAUUUUUUUGAUAUUAAUAGACUGAUUUUUCAUAAUAUCAAAGACUUUAAUAAGCAUAUCUUCAAUUUUGUAGAUUUUUCAUUUCCAAGUAAAGCCAAUUGCUUUUUGGCAUGAUCUCAAAGUCAAAUAAGACUGAAUAAUUUUCGUGUCUUCAGCUCAUUCAUCAGAUGAAACUAUAAAAUCACCGAAAGCAUCGUGUUUAAAGGGUUCAGAUUUAAUGAACGCCAACUUAAAAGAUUGAUUACAUCUUGCAAGCAUGUGACAUCGUUAUCCUUGGUGAGCUGUAAAUUAUCCGUCCCAAAAGCUCCUAAUUUCUCAAAAGCACUUCAAAAUGUGAAGAUCAAAAGACUAAACUUUAACGAAUCAGGAAAAUCAUAUUUGAGUGAUUGGAAAACCAAUCUUCACGAAUUCAAGAACUUAGUACAAGGAUUAUCCUUCUCUCCAGAUCUAAAACUAAGUCUCAAAGCAAUUUAUCUCCGAGGAUGCCAGAUAGAAUCCAACACAGCUGAGGAAAUCUUCACUGAGAACCACUUCGAAAGGGUCGAAAUAAAUUGCUAAGUUAUCCACCCUCAAGUCUUCUUUGAGGUCUGUAUCCAAGCCGGUUUCAGCCUGCAGGAGUUGCUCACUAUUCGGGAUAAUGCCUGUAACUUAUUCCUG